GAUGAUUAGGGCAUAAGCAGAGUGACAUGUUGAAUUCACCAUAAUCAAGGAAACCUUUUCCGGGUGGGAUCUCUGAAAUCAUUCAGUGAGCAACCCUAAUUAACCUGAUUUUUUGCCGAUAAUCACUCUCAAUGGAAUCAAAUCACAAAUCCGGGGAUGGAUUGAGCGGCAUCCAGAAGGAAGCAGCCCUCCGCGCACUGGUCCAGCGCACAGGAUAUAGCUUGGUCCAGGAAAAUGGACAAAGGAAAUAUGGUGGUCCUCCUCCCGGCUGGGAUGCUGCCCCACCAGAAAGGGGCUGUGAGAUUUUUAUCGGAAAACUUCCCCGAGAUCUCUUUGAGGAUGAACUUAUCCCAUUAUGUGAAAAAAUUGGGAAAAUUUAUGAAAUGAGAAUGAUGAUGGAUUUUAAUGGCAACAAUAGAGGAUAUGCUUUUGUAACAUUCUCGAAUAAACAGGAAGCCAAGAAUGCGAUCAAGCAACUUAAUAACUAUGAAAUUAGAAAUGGGCGUCUCUUAGGGGUCUGUGCCAGUGUGGACAAUUGUCGCUUAUUUGUUGGAGGAAUCCCAAAAACUAAAAAGAGAGAAGAAAUCUUAUCAGAAAUGAAAAAAGUCACCGAAGGAGUUGUGGAUGUCAUUGUCUACCCGAGUGCUGCAGAUAAAACCAAAAACCGGGGCUUUGCCUUUGUGGAAUACGAAAGUCACAGGGCUGCCGCCAUGGCCCGGAGAAAGCUUCUGCCAGGAAGAAUUCAGUUAUGGGGACAUCCUAUUGCAGUAGACUGGGCAGAGCCAGAAGUAGAAGUGGAUGAAGAUACGAUGUCUUCAGUGAAAAUUCUUUAUGUAAGAAACCUCAUGCUAUCUACCUCUGAAGAGAUGAUUGAGAAAGAGUUCAACAGUAUUAAACCAGGCACCGUUGAGAGGGUAAAGAAGAUUCGAGACUAUGCUUUCGUACAUUUUAGUAACCGAGAAGACGCAGUUGAGGCCAUGAAAGCUUUAAAUGGAAAGAUGCUGGAUGGUUCCCCCAUCGAAGUGACGCUAGCCAAACCAGUGGACAAGGACAGUUAUGUUAGGUAUACCCGAGGGACAGGUGGAAGAGGAACCAUGCUACAAGGAGAGUAUACCUACUCUUUGGGUCACAUUUAUGACCCUACCACGGCCUACCUUGGAGCCCCUGUCUUCUACGCCCCACAGGCCUACCCAGCUAUCCCAAGUCUUCACUUCCCCACCACCAAAGGACAUCUGGGAAACAGAGCUAUCAUUCGAGCCCCUUCUGUUAGAGAAAUUUACAUGAAUGUACCUGUAGGGGCUGCGGGAGUGAGAGGACUGGGCGGCCGUGGCUAUUUGGCAUACACAGGCCUGGGUCGUGGCUAUCAGAUCAAAGGAGACAAGAGAGAAGACAAACUUUAUGACCUUUUACCUGGCAUGGAGCUCACGCCAAUGAAUCCUGUCACUUUAAAACCCCAAGGAAUUAAGCUUGCUCCACAGAUAUUAGAAGAAGUUUGUCAGAAAAAUAACUGGGGACAGCCAGUGUAUCAGCUGCACUCUGCAAUUGGACAGGACCAAAGACAACUGUUCUUAUUCAAAGUGACCAUUCCUGCUCUGGCCAGUCAGAAUCCGGCAAUACACCCCUUCACCCCUCCAAAGCUGAGUGCCUAUGUGGACGAGGCCAAGACUCAUGCAGCCGAGUACACCUUGCAGACGCUGGGCAUCCCCACCGACGGAGCCGAAGCCCCCACCACCACGGCUGUGGUCUCCGCUGCUGCUUUUCCAGGAUACGCUGUCCCCAAUGCCACCACACCUGUGUCUGCUGCGCAGCUCAAGCAGGCGGUGACCCUUGGACAAGACUUAGCCGCCUACACAACCUAUGAGGUCUACCCCACCUUCGCAGUGACCGCCCGGGGCGAUGGAUACGGAGCUUUCUGAAGAUACGUUCUUCACUUAGGCAUAGGACACGCACCACUCUAACUAGAAGAAGUACACAGCUCGCUCAGGCUAGAAUGCUCACAAGUAGUGCUUCUUCUUCAAAUAGUGCCUUUCCUGAGACUGUAUUAUUACAACUGGGAUAGAAGUAUGUUAUUUCUUACAAAACCAUCUAAUAAGGAGUUCCAUCGAACAGAAAGUCAGUGAGCUGCUGCCCUGAAAAAAAAAAAAAAAAAAAAAAAACAACCUGGAGGAGUGAAAAGGGAGCUUGUAGUCAGAAGAAAGCAAGGGCUGAACUGAUCGGAACAGUCAGUAGCGACAAAGCCAAGUAAAUUCUCUAGUCUUCUGCGUCUGUGAUACACAAAGUUAGAAAAGGCAGAGGCUUUUCAAAUCACGAUACUCUCUGCCCACUGAGUGGGUCACGUUCCCAGGGAUGGAGUCAGUCACUUCUGUCUGAAAGUUCUUCCCCCGCCCGCCCGCCCCAGUCAAGUUGUCUUAGACCAGCCUCUCCUUGUCUCCCAAAGCCCUUGAAACUUCUUGGAAAUUGGUGUGAGAGAGACAUGGCAAAAACAAGUUUGUUUGUUUUUAAACUAUAAACCCAAGUGUACUUUUUUUUUUUUUUUUUAAGAAACCUUGCACUACAUAAGCCAUUCAGGAACCAUUCCUACAACUUGAAAUUAUCUUUCCCAUGUCAAAUAUUUUUACUUGACCAUAUUCAGCUCAGUUUAAUUCUGUUCACAUGUAAAAUUGUAAAAAAAAAAAAAAAAAAAAAAAGGAAGAAAAUAUAACGAAAACUGAGCCUACAGAGGAUCACAUAUGAUUAAUUUUUUUCCUGUUCAGCAUCUUGACUGAAAACUGAAGAUAUAUUCUUUUUUUCUUUGGUCUUUUUUUUUUUUUUUUUUAGGCAUCCAGUUUACUAUUCAGCAUUGAGAGAUAGUUAGAUUAACUUGGUUUCAACCUUGAUAUAACUAACUUAUUUAUAGUAAGUUCAUAAAAAAAAAAAUCGUGUCUUCUCAGUAUCUGACAGUGGUACCAAAUCUGAGUCCUUUGACCUAGAACAAGAACCCUUUUCGUUUAGAAAUUGAUUCCUCAGACCACAGCAAUUAUGUCAUUAUGCACAUUCGAGAUGUAGGCCCUUGCUCUAGUAACUGGGAUUAACGGUGUUUCAGAAAAUGUAGCAGAGGAACAGAAGUCACUAGCUUCUUGUCAUAGUUUUGAUUUUUUUUCCCCCAAACAUAUAUUGGAAUACCAAAAAGCCAAAUCCAUAUCACUACUUCAUCAAUCUCAUCUGGAAUUUCUACUAAAAAGAUACCUUGGCUCUUGUAAAAUUCUACAGAUGCCAAAAAAAAAAAAAAAAUGAUCACAAAAGCCAUACCAAGUGGAAUUUUGAGUGGAAUUCUACAUUCUAAAGUCAAGCCAGAUCCCAGUCAAAAGCAGAUAAAGCCCAGUAAUAAUUAGAAGUCCUGGUAACUUUUCAGUUCUACUAACUCCACCAGGUAUUAAGAUCUACAACUAGGCAAGCAUUUUGGUUUUCAACUUAAUGCAUCAUUUUCUGUGGUUCACAAAUGUGACUGUAUAUUAGCAAUAUCUGGAGAACUUUUCAGAAUACCAAUGCCAAGAUCAUGCCUCAAAUUAAUGACAUCAGAAUAUUUUUAAGAUUAGACUGUGGUGUAGAUACUUUAGUUUUAGGGACAUAGAGCCAGAAAAAAAACAAGAAUGAAUAAAGGAGAAAACAAUGCCAAAGCUUCCUUCCAACCUGGGUUAUACAAAAAACAUGGCAAAGCAGUAUGCUAUCCAAGUGAGUUAUUUCCCCAAGCCCAGAACCUGGUGUUAGUAUUGUUUUUAAAGGUCCUUAGGCAGUUCCAGUGUGCAAGUAAGUGUAGGAACUGCUAUAUCCCUUUUAUAUGUAUUGUAUUCUCAAGUUUUUCCUGUUUCAUUUCUGUUAAAUAGGAGAAUCAAGAACACUCUAUCAAAGCUAAAACAAUCAAACCAUAUUUAUAUAUUUUACAUCAAAUAAAACACAUGAAUCUGAGUAUAGUUUUUAUCAGUUCCAAACCAAGCUAAUUCUAAAAAUAAGGAAAACAAAUUCUUAAGUGCUUAUUAGGUACAAUUUAUACUCAUCCCACAGACCUACUUCUGAUACUCAAAGGAAGUAAUUACAUGUGGGAGCAGAUAAAUUCAUAUUUGGUGAAAAAAGAAGCAUUUACAAGUCCAAGAUUUAGUUCUUUAAAAUCCUAGCAAGUGAAAGGAAAAGAUGACUUCAUGAACAGUCACUAUAAAAUAGCAUUGAGCCUAAGAGUCUUCUAUUUAAUCAAGAUCAAUGAGUAAUUAGUUUGUAAAAGAAUUUUCACUAUGAGAAAAAGAAAAAAAAAACAUUAUUUCAGGCUAAAGGAUAAUCACUUUUCCUAAAAAGUUAAGAGCAAAGCAAAACAUAAAGUCACAAAGCCCCAAGAAGAUCAAUAACAUAGCAAAAGAAAAACACAAAUGUUGAUGAUAUUGACUUCUUUAGGGCUGACUUUAUUCAAAUGAGUAGAUGCAAUUUUAUUUGAUGCCGCAUUGUCUUCAUGGAUACACAAGUACCUGGAAUAAAAUAUAGACCACAUCUCCAUAUCCGUC